AUGCCGCAAGCUUUUAAUUCGAGGAAUGCCCGGUUCAUCUGGGCUGCGAUUGGAGCACUCGCUGACGAUGCUGCCCAUUGUGACGCUGAUACUAUCGUUAGGAGCAAAUCGCUUGGUCUUACAGUCGAUGCUCGUCGUCUGCAACUACCCAGCGCACCGCCACUUCAAGAGGCCUUCGAGUCGAUGGCCGCUCUGGAACGAGGAGAGGUAGCCAAUCCGGACGAAGGCCGGCAAGUCGGGCACUACUGGCUUAGGGAUCCUGGGCUCGCUCCGGAGGAGAUACGUGAGGAGAUCUACAGCAGCUGGGCGCAGAUUGAUUAUCUUACACGGGAGGCCUCUGCAAGGAAUGUCACUUCGCUGCUCCUUCUGGGCAUCGGCGGCUCAGCCCUCGGCCCGCAGCUCUUGUCAGAGGCCUUGGGCCCGGGAUCACGGCGGAUUGCUUUCCUUGACAACACGGACCCUGAUGGCUUCCACAUGGUGCUGAGCACGAUCGAGCCAGCCUCUACGUGGGUUCUGGUGAUGUCCAAGUCCGGUGGGACGGUUGAGACACGCAACGCCUUGAUCGAGACGAAGGCACACUUCCGCUCCCGUGGCGUGGACUUCGCCUCACGGUCUUUGGCCGUGACCUGCGCCGGCUCACGCCUGGAUCAGAUGGCCAUCAAAGAGAACUGGCGUGACCGGCUCCACCUUUGGGAGUUCGUUGGGGGUCGGACCUCCUGGGCUUCUGUUGUGGGCCUGCUGCCCGCGGCACUUUUGGGCAUGGACUGGAGAUCUCUCCUGAGGGGUGCAGCCGCCUGCGAUGCUUCCACCCGAGUUGCAGAUGCCGAGAACCCUGCCACCCUGCUGGUUCGUGCCUGGCAUUCUCUUGCGGGGCGCGCCAUGGUGGUCUUGCCAUACAGGGACCGGUUGCAGCUGUUUGGGCGCUACUUGCAGCAGUUGGUGAUGGAGUCUCUCGGCAAGGCAAGGGACGUGCAGGGUACCUUGGUGAACCACGGCCUGACAGUGUACGGGAACAAGGGAUCGACGGACCAGCAUGCCCUUUUGCAGCAGCUACUGGACGGCCCUGAUGAUUACUUUGCCGUUUUCGUCGCGGCUCUCGAGGGAGCUCAUGACAAGGAAAGCAAGGAGGUCGAAACCGGAGUCACCAGCAGCGACUAUCUCUUGGCUUUCCUCAUCGGCACACGACGUGCGCUGACUGCGGCCGGACGUAGGAGCCUUACCAUCACGUUGCAGCGUGUGGAUGCUUUCCAUUUGGGAGUACUUCUCGCUCUGUUUGAGAGGGCGGUCGGGCUCUAUGCUGCCUUGAUUGGAGUCAAUGCCUACAACCAGCCUGCUGUGGAGUCCGGGAAGCGGGCUGCAUCCCGCGUCCUUGCUCUCAUGCUGAACCUCCGAGACAAUGUGACAUCGGCUGCCAGCGACGCAGACCAGGAUGACGUGGAGAUGCUGCGAGAAUACCUUGCGCUUCAGCAGAGCGAGAGAAAGCCAUCGCUGCCCACGCACGCAACACCACAGCUUCAAGCAUGCAAGCGCAAUCGCACGGAAUCGCUCUCAAGUCAAGCUCUGUGCGACGGGAGCGAGACUGGGUGA